GCCCCCGGCCCAGACCCCGGAGGGCCUGGGACAGUGCGGCCUCUUCCUGGCCGUCUCCCGCAUGUAGCGGGAGUAGGGCUGGAGCAGGAAAUGACCACUCGGGAACUCCGCCCUUAGUUUCUGUCACUGUCGGGGGCCCGGCCUGGCCACCUGCCCGGAAAGUCCCUGUGGUCACCCAGGGGAGGCCAGAGGUGCUGGAGAAUCCGCUCUGCCCUGCCGGGCCUGAGGGACAUCAGAGGGACAUCGGGACUUGGCCACACGCCCUCCCACGGGCUCACUGGCUGGUGGGCCUCCCUGUGGCCUUGGGGACCAGGCCCCUGCCGCCACGUUAUCUCUGCACACGCUCCGGAACCCAGGCCAGGGUGACGAGGCAGGAAGCCACGGCCACAGCGCGGCACGGAGGGCAGCAUGCGGGGGGCCCUGCUGUGGCUGCCGGCGCUGGGGCUCAGCCUGGUGGGCAGCGCCCCAACCCCCAGCGUCUACGAUGAGGACGACGCAGGCACGCUGGGGCCCUGGGCCGGGCCUGAGGCGGUGAGGACCCCGCAGCAGGCAGCCCCACGCAGCUUCCCGGGCCAGGCCUGCGCCAAUGACAGUGACGUGCUGGUGCUCACGCACAGCUCGCGGGCGCUGCUGCUGGGCUGGGUGCCCACGCGGCUGGUGCCCGCGCUGUACGUGCUGUCGCUGGCCAUCGGGCUGCCGGCCAACGCGCUGGCGCUCUGGGUGCUGGCCACACGCAGCCCGCGGCUGCCGGCCACCGCACUGCUCAUGAACCUGGCGGCUGCUGACCUGCUGCUGGGCCUGGCACUGCCACCGCGCCUCGCCUACCACCUGCGUGGCCAGCGCUGGCCUCUCGGGGAGGCAGCCUGCCGCGUGUCCACAGUUGCCCUCUACGGCCACAUGCACGCCGCAGCGCUGCUGCUGGCUGCCGUCAGCCUGGACCGCUACCUGGCGCUGGUGCACCCGCUGCGUGCCCGGGCCCUCCGCGGACGCCGCCUGGCCGCUGGGCUCUGCGCGGGUGCCUGGCUGGUGGCCGCUGUGCUGGCCACGCCGCUGGCCCUACGGCAGCAGACCUUCCGCCUGGCGGACUCCGACCACCUGCUGUGUCACGACGCGCUGCCCCUGGCCACCCAGAUGUCCUUCUGGCGGCCCGUGUUCAUCUGCCUGGCGGUGCUCGGCUGCUUCCUGCCCCUGCUGCUCAUGGCGCUGUGCCACGGAGCCACACUGUGCGCACUGGCGGCCGGCGGCCGGCGGCACGGCCACGCGCUGCGGCUCACGGCCCUCGUGCUGGCCUCGGCCGUGGCCUUCUUCACACCCAGCAACACGCUGCUGCUGCUGCACUACUGGGACCCGAGCCCGGGCGCCUGGGCAGACCUGUACGGCGCCUACGUGCCCAGCCUGGCGCUCAGCACCCUCAACAGCUGCGUGGACCCCUUCCUGUACUACUAUGCGUCCCCCGAGUUCAGGGACAAGGUGCGGGCGCAGCUGUGUCGCUGGCCGUCCAGGGCCACCACCACCUCCCAGGGCUCCCGGGAAGUGGGUGACCCAGGCACCGGCACCCGCUCCUCCUCCCACCCCUGACGGCCCUCUGGGAUGGCCAGGGGGCGGGGUGACCAGUCCUCCGGACCCACAUCCUCCCAGGCCCUCAGGGUGGAGGUGGGGGCCGCCACUGUCCUCAGAGUAAGCUGGGCCCCAGACCCUGUGCCGUGCGUCCUCCGGGAGAGGGGCCCGGAGGCCACGGCACAGCGGAGGCUGGAGUGAGGCGGCCACACGCCCGCCACGAGCCCCGGGGAGCGCCCGGUCCGCGCACCGGGCGGGGCGCAGGCUCUCCGGCUUCGGCUGCCUGCUGCGGGUGGACAGCGUCUCCGUGGCUCUGAGCUCCUACUGUCCCUGGGACUCACCGCAGCCCUGGGAAGACGAGGGGCUUGUUGGCAGGUUCCAGACCCUCCCAGCCCAAGCUGACAGCCAGCCUCUGCCCGGCCCUGGAGCUGAGCAGAGGCCCCUCCUCUUCCUCCAGACAGUCUGCCAGGCUCGCCGCCCCUCUUCCCACCCGGAGCCCGCGCCUGUCCUUCUCCAUGCGGGGGAGGUGCACAGCAAGGGACCCCUGGGACUGGGGACACCCAGGCUGGGCUCGCUAGAGUCGUCAUGCUUGAAUUAAAGGCGUGUGAG